AUGUCUUUAACGGAUAGAAAUAUUCCAAAUCUAGAACUUAAUUCCAUUGAAACAGUUGGUGAUGCUGUAAAGUUUUAUUUGGGUGAAGAGAAGAAGGACCCUCGAAUUGGUCACCCAGUGGCUGCUUGGUUCAUGGAGAAUGAUGAUAAAUUGCCGCCAAAUAUGACUUUCAUCCCAUAUGUAAAAGAGUUUGGGAUCCCUCAAACUCGAGAAGUUGUCCUUCGGGACACGCUUGGGAUUGAGGCUCUUCCUCGACAACGCUUCAACAAGACAAAAAGAACUCCUUAUGUUCUUAAUAUUAUGGUUGUUGGCGAAAGUGGUCUUGGAAAAACUACUUUUAUGAAUACUCUGUUCAAUACACCCCUUAAAGAAGAAAUCCAUCCUAAAAAUCCCCAAUCCACACAAACUGUGGAAAUUAGUCCUGUACAUUAUGACGGUGUUACCCUUAAUCUUACUGUUGUUGAUACACCUGGAUUUGGUGACCAGCUUAAUCGUGAACACAACCUUGAUCCUAUUGUUGAGUAUAUUGAUAAUCAAUUCGAGGCUUAUCAUACUGCUGAACGCAGUCCCGAAUUUAGACGUGCCAUUCCAGAUACUCGCAUACAUGCCCUUCUAUACUUUAUUGCUCCAACCGGUCACGCCCUUAAAGAACUUGAUAUUAAGGCCCUUCAAGUUUUAUCCGCUAAAGUAAACGUAAUUCCAGUUAUCGCAAAAGCUGAUACUCUCACACAAGAAGAGAAAGCUGCAUUUAAGAAAACUGUGUUAAUUGGCAGUGAUCAAUUUGUGGAUGUUGGUGGAAAAAAAGUACGAGGAAGAUCAUAUCGAUGGGGUAUUGUGGAAGUUGAAAAUGAACAACAUUGUGAUUUCAUUCACCUUCGUGAACUUCUUAUGACACAUGCUCUUCAUGAUCUUCUUGAGACAAGCCAUACGGUGCAUUAUCAUAAUUAUCGUGCCCAAAAACUUCGUUCUAGUGGUCGUCCAGAAUCGAUUCUUGCUUGUGAUGAUUCCUAUGAACAUAGAAUUGAAAGAAGCAAGCAAAGUAUGGCGGAAGAAAUGAUUAAGAAAGAAGAAGAAAUGCGGCAAACCUUUGUACUGAAGGUUAGAGAGAAAGAAGCAAGCUUAAGAGAAAGGGAAGAACAGCUCAACCAACGUCGACAGCAACUCAUGGCAGAAUUAGAAGAACAACGCUUAGCGCUCGCAGCAGAAGAGCGUGAAUUCCAAGAAUUAUAUAAUGCCAAUCGAA